GGAACCGUGGUCUUGGCCCCGAUUCCCCUGACCUCGGACUUCAGACCAGAUACUGUCCAUAUUCCCUUGUGAGGUCUUAGCCAAGCAACCCCUACAUUGUACCUUUCCCCUCUAAUGAGUAAAGAGGCGGUGCUAACCUGCAGACGGACUUGCGACUCAGCCAAUGGUUUAAGCCACUCUGGAGUGGCGCCCAAUAAGCUCUCAAGAUAGGAGGCUGAUUCUAGGAGAAAGCCAAUACUCUGUGAAGGCGAGUCUAGCAGCAACCAAUAGCCAUGAGUAAAGGCGGGACUCUGAGGGAAGCCAAUCGCUGGAGGGGUCUGACGCACCUACAGCCAAUGGCUUUUGGCGGGGGCGUUCCCCGACCCUGGCCGCUUCCAUGACCCGGCUACUGGGCUAUGGCCGGGACCGGGCUGCUGGCGCAGCGGACGCUGCCCGGGCCCAGCUGGGUACGAGGCUCCAGCCCUUCGGUGCUUAGCCGCCUGCGGGACGCGGCCGUGGUGCGGCCUGGGUUCCUGAGUGUGGCGGAGGAGGAGACGCUGAGCCGAGAGCUGGAGCCCGAGCUGCGCCGCCGCCGCUACGAAUACGAUCACUGGGACGCGGCUAUCCACGGCUUCCGAGAGACAGAGAAGUCGCGCUGGUCAGAAGCUAGCCGGGCCAUCCUGCAGCGUGUGCAGGCGGUCGCCUUUGGCCCCGGACAGACCCUGCUCUCCUCCGUGCACGUGCUGGACCUGGAAGCUCGGGGUUACAUCAAGCCCCACGUGGACAGUGUCAAGUUCUGCGGGGCCACCAUUGCUGGCCUGUCUCUCCUGUCUCCCAGCGUUAUGCGACUGGUGCACACCCAGGAACCGGGGGAGUGGCUGGAGCUCUUGCUGGAACCAGGCUCCCUCUACAUCCUUAGGGGUUCAGCCCGUUAUGACUUCUCCCAUGAGAUCCUUCGGGAUGAAGAAUCCUUCUUUGGGGAGCGCCAGAUUCCCCGGGGCCGGCGAAUCUCUGUGAUCUGCCGCUCCCUCCCUGAGGGCAUGGGGCCAGGGGAAUCUGGACAGCCGCCCGGAGCCUGCUGACCCCCAGCUUUCUACAGACACCAGAUUUGUGAAUAAAGCUGGGAAUGGACAACCCAA